AUGGCAGCAGAUUGGGGUCCUGUGGUGAUAUCAGUGGUGCUGUUUGUGCUGUUAAGUCCAGGGCUUCUGUUUCAGCUUCCUGCCAAGGGCAAAGUGGUGGCCUUUGGGAGCAUGCAAACUAGUGGCCUAUCUAUCUUAGUCCACACCAUCAUCUUCUUUGGACUCAUCACCAUCUUUCUACUUGCCAUUGGUGUGCACAUUUACUCUGGAUAA